AUGCUCAUGCCCGCUGAGGGCACCCCGCCACCCCUGGGUGGCACCCCUGUUCCAGUCCCAGCCUACUUCCGCCAUGCAGAACCUGGCUUCUCCCUCAAGAGGCCCAGGGGGCUCAGCCGGAGCCUCCCACCCCGGCCCCCUGCCAAGGGCAGCAUCCCCGUCAGCCGCCUCUUCCCUCCUCGGACCCCAGGCUGGCAUCAGCCCCACGCCCGGCGGGUGUCGUUCCAGGACCAGGCCUCUGAGCCCCUGCAGAGCCCCGGAUAUGACCCAAGCCGACCGGAGUCCUUCUUCCAGCAGAGUUUCUACAGGCUUGGCCGCCUGGGCCAUGGCUCUUAUGGGGAGGUCUUCAAGGUGCGCUCCAAGGAAGACGGCCGGCUUUACGCAGUGAAGCGCUCCAUGUCGCCUUUCCGGGGCCCCAAGGACCGGACCCGCAAGCUGGCUGAGGUGGGCGGCCACGAGAAGGUGGGGCAGCACCCGUGCUGCGUGCGGCUGGAGCAAGCCUGGGAGGAGGGUGGCAUCCUGUACCUACAGACAGAGCUGUGUGGGCCCAGCCUGCAGCAGCACUGCGAGGCCUGGGGCGCCAGCCUGCCCGAAACCCAGGUGUGGGGCUACCUGCGGGAUACCCUGCUGGCCCUGGCCCACCUGCACAGCCAGGGCCUGGUACACCUGGACGUCAAGCCCGCCAACAUCUUCCUGGGGCCCCGGGGCCGCUGCAAGCUGGGCGACUUCGGGCUGCUGGUCGAGCUGGGCGCGUCGGGAGCUAGUGAGGCCCAGGAGGGAGACCCCCGUUACAUGGCCCCCGAGCUGCUCCAGGGCUCUUACGGGACUGCAGCAGAUGUGUUCAGCCUGGGCCUCACCAUCCUGGAGGUGGCAUGCAACAUGGAGCUGCCCCGCGGUGGGGAGGGCUGGCAGCGGCUGCGUCAGGGCUACUUGCCCCCUGAGUUCACGGCUGGGCUGUCCUCUGAGCUGCGUUCUGUCCUCGUCACAAUGCUGGAGCCUGACCCCAAGCUGCGGGCCACUGCCGAGGCCCUGCUGGCCCUGCCGGUGCUCAGGCAGCCACGGCCCUGGAGCGUCCUGUGGUUCAUGGCUGCCGAGGCCCUCAGUCGAGGCUGGGCCCUGUGGCAGGCCCUGCUCUCCCUGCUCUGCUGGCUCUGGCACGGGCUGGCGCACCCCGCCAGCUGGCUGCAGCCCCCGGGUCCACCGGCCACCCCACCCGGGUCGCCGCCCUGUAGCCUUCUCCUGGACCGCAGCCUCUCCAACACCUGGGACGACGACAGCAUAGGGCCCUCGCUGUCACCAGAGGCCGUCCUGGACAGGGCUGCUGGCAGCACCUCCACCCCCUGCAGUGGCUCCCCUGCCCCCCGGAGCAGGCACACGCCGAGGGAUGCUCUGGACCUCAGUGACAUUGACUCAGAGCCCCCUCGGGGCACGUUCCCUGCCUUUGAACCUCGGAACCUCCUCAGCCUGUUUGAGGACUCCCUGGGCCCGAGCUAAGCCCAC